CAGGAAUUUCCCUCCUGCCACUCCUGAGAGCUGCAAGGGAGGACAAAAAAAAAAGUUACGCGUUAAAGCUCCUCUCAGCAGAGGAAGGGGAGGAAGCGCACGGCAGCUAUUACGCGCUGGCAUUUGUCAGGAUAUUCUAAACCAAUCUGCGCGUUUGUGGACAUUUUCCUCAGGACAUAACUUUACUGUCUUUAAAAAACAAAAGCAGCAUUAUUUUCUGUUUCAUUAUGAGUUUGGACUCGAUGGCUGCUUUGCGCGAUGGCUGCUUCUUUUCUGUUGGUGAAACGUUGGUGGGAUAAAUGGCGCACUGCGGGAGAGCGGCGUGGAUGAAGAUUGCUGUGGAUUUCUUUUCACGAGUUUUGCUUUUGUGACUUUCUUUUUUGAGGGGGGGCAACCAGGAGGAAGCGCUGCGCCCGCUGGACACACUUGGCCACUGCUGGCUGAGCUUCUCGAUGGCGUAGACUCUUUUUUUUCUUUCUUCUUUUAAAGGAAAAAUAAAGGAUUGCGCGUUUACAAAAGUAGACUCCUCUGGAUUAUGCGCGUGGAGGCGGUUUUGAACAAGAGCUCGCGGAGGAAGGGACAUGCGGAGUAAAGUCGGCGUCUAAACAGAAGGAUGCUGCCGCCGCUCGCACAAUGGAAGUGAAGAACUCUUUUGCGGUCGCGGUGGUCUUUGGUCUCCUCUUUUGCUCCGGUUCCGGCCAAGAACUCAACCCCAGGGGCAGGAAUGUGUGCAAGGCACCGGGGUCACCGGGUGCGGUGUGCUGCGGCGGCUGGGCGCAGCUAGGGGACGAGUGCCCGACACCCCUCUGUGAAGGCAACUUCACCUGCAAGGAGAACGAGGUGUGCGUCAGGCCUAACGAAUGCCGCUGUCGCCAUGGAUACUUUGGAGCUAGCUGUGACACGAAGUGCCCUGCCCAGUUCUGGGGCCCCGACUGCAAGGGCAAAUGCAACUGCUACCCCAAUGGCCAGUGCGACGACUUGACCGGGAAGUGUACCUGCAACCACAACCGCUGGGGCCCGAACUGCGAGAACGCGUGCCUGUGCCAAAAGGGCAAAUGCGACCAGGAGACGGGCAAAUGCACGUGCCACCCCGGCGUCUGGGGUCCCCAGUGCAACAACAACUGCUACUGCAGCAUCAACUCCGUCUGUGACGCGAUGACGGGCCGCUGCCAGUGCAGCCCCGGCUGGACGGGGAGGAACUGCGGGACCCAGUGCAACUGCAACAAUUCGCCGUGCGACCAGUUCACGGGCCGCUGCCAGUGCAGAGAGAGGCUGUGGGGCCCGCGGUGCGAGCGGUACUGCCAGUGCAUCCACGGCAAAUGCAACCAGGCCGACGGCUCGUGUACCUGCACGCCGGGGUACCGUGGGAAGUUCUGCAGGGAGCCUUGUCCCGCUGGAUUCUACGGUCAAAACUGCAGGAACAGGUGCGGGCACUGCAAGGGCCAGCAGCCCUGCAAGGUGACGGAGGGACGCUGCGUCACCUGCGACAGAGGCUGGAACGGGACGCGCUGCGACCAGCUCUGCACCAAGGGCUUCUUCGGCGAAAGUUGCCAGGACGUGUGUCCCACGUGCAAGGACGGUCACCACUGCGACCCCAUCCAUGGCAAGUGCUCGCACUGUAACCCCGGCUGGAUUGGGGACAGGUGCGAGGUGCGCUGCCCCAACGGCACGUAUGGCGAGAACUGCGAGAACAACUGCAGCCACUGUUUCAACGGCAUCUGUCACGUUGUCACCGGAGAGUGCCUGUGUGACGCCGGGUUUUAUGGCACCUACUGCAAUAUGACCUGUGAGCCGGGCCAGUACGGAGUGAACUGCAACCAAACGUGCUCCUGCCACGACAAGGACUGCGAUCCCGUGUCCGGUGCCUGCUACCUCCAGCCCAACCAGCGGAUGGGUGUGAUCGCGGCGGGAACCCUGGUCUCCUUCCUACUGAUCGUCCUCCUGUCGCUGCUGUGCUGCUGCUGCCUGUGUCGACACAAAGACGACCACAACAAAAAAGCCAAGCGGAUCCUGUGCGGACGAUUCAGCCGAAUCAGCACCAAACUCCCCCGUAUUCCACUGAGGCGACAGAAACUGCCCAAAGUCGUCGUAGCCCACCAUGACCCAGAGAACACCUUCAAUUGCAGCUUCAUCGAGCCCCCCUCGGUGGCCGAGCAGCCCUCCCCUUCCUCCUGGUCGUCCCAGGAGUCCUUCUCUUCCUUUGAGAGUGGAGACGAGGGUCCAGUUUACUGUGUGCCUCAUGAAGAGUCGGUGAAUGAAAGCAAAGAGAAGCGCAGCCCCAGCCCAGCAACAGAGAGGCCAGAAGCUGUCCCCAAUGAGGACGACGCAGGAGAGUACACCUCCCUGAAAGACACCAGUAUCACAAAAACAGAAGGUAGUGAGCAGCCCCUGAUCAAGUCUUCUGACAGUGAAGGGUCCACCAGUGGUUCAGAGUCCACAACCGCGGCUCUCUACGCCAUCAUUACCCGCCUCUCUAAGCAGUCCAAAGAGGAUGAUGGUAGCGGUAAGGACGGAGAUGGCACGCCGACACCAGACGCCAAGCGCAACGGAAGACCACCACCUUCACCUGGCAAGCCCAAACCACGUCCACCAGACCCAUCCACUAAGCCCAAAAUAUCUUGGAUACAUGGAAAUGCCUCGGGGUCUCCCCAUCCAGAGCAGCAGGGGCAGGUGGGAAUGAAGGCAUUGGCAGUGCCAAAAGAGAAAAAGAGGAGCUCAAGCGAUGGCUCAGCUAAAAGCGAAGAGCGGCAGAAAAUGAAGAAACAGGAGGCGAAGGAGGGAGACGCCAAUGGCUCCCCUAGUAAACACAAACCUCUGCGAAGUAAGAAGUCUGGGGAUGAGCACAGCAGUCCCAGUCAUAUGGAGCACAUUAAUGGUGUUGUUCAGAAUGCCCUGAAGAAGAUUAGUAGCUUCCACAGCUCCUCACCUGAGAAAAAGAGCUCUGACAGUCCAAAAGAGACCCCCAAGGAGCCACCCAAGAGCCCUAAGGUCAUCCAUCCUCAUAUGAACUCUGAGGCUGCCACACUGCUGGCAGCUCAGCUCAAGGAAAAAACCCAAAGUAUCAACAGGAACGAGGGGACAGGCCUGACGAAGACCAACGGGCUCUCCACACCCAAGGGAAACCGGGAGAAGCCCACACCUCCACAGAAAGCCAAAAGGAACCCCUCUGGAUUGAGCCAGCAGGGCUCCAACAAGCCCCUGCUGCCCACCUCAAACAGCCUCCAGAAAAUGGUGGCACCCGUUACUACCGACGGAACCCCUGAAGCCAAGAGCCCGGAGAAGCAGGACUUGAACGGCUCGAGGUCAGGGGACCCAACGCUGGAUCCUACACCAAAGAAAACUCCAAUAAAAAAGCCACCCAGGAAGAAAGGCAAGGAGGGUACUUUGGAUACACCGGAAAGUAAAACACCCCAGCAAAAGACAGCCAUCAUGCCACCACAGGUUGUUAAAUAAGUCAGUUUUCCUUUUUUUUAAAGACAAAUGGCACAAAGUUUGUGAUGGAUUUCAAGGAAACUGAAAUGGAUUUUUUUUGGAAGGUGAACCACAUAGUUUUUCAAUCAAGGAAUUUGAACUUUUUCCUGUGUGAGAGUGCCGUGACUUCAGGACCAGUCAGGAGUGAGAAAUGCUUUUAAAUCGAGGGCAUAUUUGGUGAGUUGUAUUAUAAUGACCUCUAUACACCAUUGUAUAACAUUUCAAGAAUCCUUUUUUGUUUUAUUUGUUGCAACUUUGUAUCAAUCUCACAUCGCAACCUGUGGCUAGGCUGGACACAACUGUGAGAACAGAUGUAAUCCAUAGUUCAUUCAUCUCUAUUUCUCUGCAGUAUGUCCACCACUAUAUGGAUUGUAAUUUGCUAUGCAGGUGCCAGAAAAAAUAGCUAUUUUUUUUGUACGCUCUCUACAGGUACUAAAGGUACUUUAAAAAUAACAAGGAAAUUUGGAUUGUUUGGAUUUCAAGCUUUUUGGUUUUUUCUCAUAUCAAUGGACCAAAGGCUAUUCUUUGCAGAUGACACUCUACUUAGAUAUUGUCAGUUAUGAACAACACUUUUACAAUCAACUUUGUCUUUAGCAGAUAAAGCACAUUUGUAUUUUCCUCCCCCUUCUCCUUGUUGCUCCUUGCUGGGCUUUCAGAUUUCUACCCCGUGUUAUCAAAAAUGUUUUUUAAUCAACUAAAUUUGGAACGCCAAAUCUAAUUACAAGUUAUUUGUUACUUGUGACUCAAUUUUAAUUCACGAACUUAAUUGUUGCAUUCAAAGCGCUUCCAUAAAGAAAUGUUGUAAUUUUGGAUACAAAGUCGUAGCUCUCUUUGUUCAACUCUGUCACACAUGGUAUGUUGGAGCCCAAGAAGGUUUUUGAUCCUUCUGCAAAAAGGGGUAUUUAGUAAAACUCUUUCAUACUUCUGCCAACACCAAAUCGCCAGAUUGUGCUCUUACUGUAUGUUUUAUUCAUUCAGCUAAACCACUAAACCAAAAAAUGAAACCCAAGCUACCCUACUUUAUGUCCUGCUUAUGUUGCUUUUUGCAUCACAAUCUGAGCGAUUCUCUUUUCACAUUAAUUUAUGCCAUCAAGGAAUCUUGUAGAGAAAAAAAAUCUCUUCAAAAAUGUUUUGUCCUUCAAGGAUCAUAUUAUCUUAAGCUAGUAAAUACAGUCCUGAAGUAACAGGAUGCUUUAAUUCCGUUGUUGUUCAUAGGGUUAAGACUAUAAAAAAACAAAUGGUACCGUGCCUUGAGUGUUAAAAUGUGCCUCGACUGUGGAUCAGUUUAAGCGAUGUCAGCCAAAAUGUUGUUGCCAACUUGUAUUUUGAGUGUUUAUCCGAGAAUAAGUCAACCAACGCGGUUGGAUGGGUGGGAUACUUAAAAACUGGACUAAUUCAGUCUGUCAAGAGGACAAAGCUUUUCUUUUUCAGUUACUGGUGAUUAGCUAUUUUUUUCAAGUAGCACUUAAAAACAUGAGCUAUGAAUAAUAGAUGCAGUAAGUUAAGGUUCAGUGGUAUGUUUUGAGCUGAAUAAUACUUUACAUCCACAGCUAAUUUGAAAAAAAUGUUUUGGUCUUAUGUGUUUUUAUCAAGGUACAACACAUUUCGUUGGUUAUUUUUUCAACAUUUUCUACUUGUAUACAUUGUGUACUUUUUUUUAUUAUCCUUGUAAGCUGUGCUUAUAUGACUUUUUUUUCUCUUUUCCUUGGUGUCAAUGAACUGGCUUUCAUGUUGUAUUUGCUUUUUCAUCGGUGUGUCACUUAUUUUGGGCUACUAGUACUUUCCUCCUGUAAAGUUUACAUUGGCUUUGUAAUUGUUCUCUGUUGAUGUUAUUGUUUAUGCAACACGUAACUGCAUGAUGCAGAGUGUAAUUAUAUGGCAUUAAUAGCUGCACAGGAAAUCUGUAAUCUUCAUAUCUUGAUUCUUUCAGUUGUUAUUACUGCCUCACAUAAAAAAGAACAACCCAUACAGAAAGGAUUGUACAAUACUACUACGAUACCACUGUUGAAACAAUUGCAUAUGCUUAAACACCAUAACAUUGUGUCAUUAUGAAGUAAGUGGCAAUAUUUUUGACUGGCCCUUGCCUGUUUUCAUAGGCUCACAGUGUAUUUUUGUAAAGAUGGGGCCUGAAAAGCUGCAAACACCGUUACCAACUGUAAGAUAUAUUUUGUCUUUUUUGGUUUGUUUGUUUUUUUAGCAACUUUGAUUUCCAUUUGUGUACGGUCAUUAAAUUGGUGUUUCCUCAUUUACUUCUUUGGAAUAAAGAAAGCAAUACAUGUA